AUGGUUUACCACGGCGGCAUGGCCAGCCCGCCACCGAGCGACGGCCUCGUGCCGGCCUCGUCUCCCACCCUCCCCUCCUCCCCGCCUUCACGCAUCUCUCGCAAGGAAAAGAAGAAGGCUAUCUUGACACCCCGGAAAUUCCGCCGUUUCUUCACCCCGCGUGGGAUGCCCUCCCAUAUCUCGCGAGAACGACCGGCCCUCGGCGAGCUUAGCAGCCCUACAAUCAAUGCCCAGCCGACACCCCCGCGGUCCAGCCCACAGUUUCCUGAACCGAUAUCUCCCGCCUCGAACAGUAGCAGCCUGGUUUCGCCGAUUGUAAGCGACGAUGGGCCGAGGAAGCGGAAGCGGAGCGUCGUGAACGCGAUACCGAUGAAGUUGCCACCAUCGAGUCGGAGCUCGAAUUCGAAGCGCUUGAGGACCCAGCCAGAGGAUCUGGAGGAGGAAGAUAUACCUUUAGGUCGAAGCCCUCUGGCAAGGUCUCCUUCAGGCCAGAACGAGAAUAUCCCGCCUGAGGACCACUUCAUGGCUUCGCCCGAAGCACACUCCCCUUCGAAUCGUCAUAUGUCAGCCCUGGGAAUGAAGUACUCGGCAGGCCUGCAGAUAUCGCCGGACGAAUUUGCCAGGAAGCUCAGCUCUCUGACCGCCAGCAACUUUGCAAAUACGGGGUACGAGGGUCUCCGACCUCGGUCUACUUUGAUUGACUAUUUCAAGUGCAAUCGCGCAGGCGUUCCGUCUGCUGGCAGGGGAAAGGCUGCUGCUGCUGUUUCAAGGCUUUCUCGGCCACCAAAGGACGAAGCUGUUGUACCCGAGUACCGGCCACAGCCCGUGAUCAAGCUCCGUAAUCGCGGCUUUGGCGCUCAACUGCUACUCCGCGAGCAAGGGAGCACUCCUCGGCCAGAGCGUGAGCGUCUCGAGUAUCCCGCGUUUGACUCGAGGGCUAGCACGGCUUCCUUCUGGAGCCGAAGCACUGACGUUCACAUGUGUAAUGCGCAUUUGACUCAGGCGAAUACCAUUCCCUUUAGUCUUGCUAGUUGUCACAAUGCACCGAUGACGGUAAUUGGCGACGAGGAGGGCUUCAUCCGCUUCUUCGACACCACCACGACCCCCUUGGGAGCAACGCCGCGAACGAAGGUCGAUAUUGUCAUCCAGGCCCAUGAGAACGCCAUCAUGGACCUUGCCUUCUCCGACGACGAUCUCCGCCUGGCAAGUGCCUGCGGCGACCGUUCGGGCAAAAUCUUCGACGUCAUGUCGCAGACCGUUGCUGUCGAGCUGAACGGCGGUCACUUCCAGUCCAUGCGCAGAGUCGAGUUCCAACCAGGCUGCGCCAAUGGCAACGUCGUAGCCACGUCAGACCGCGACGGAAAGGUCCAGAUCUGGGACCUGCGGUGCUGCAUGGCACCAGCCAACGCCUUUUCCACCCGUGGACCUGAGGGCAUUGUACACCGAAACAGGAACCAGCCGGCUCUUUGGGCGAGAACGACCAACACGCUUGAUAAUGCUCACGCUCGCACAGUCGAGGGUGUCACAUCCCCGGCCUCUGUUACCGCUCUGCAAUACAUGCCCGCGGGCCGCGAGCAUCUCUUGCUCUCCGCCUCCGAGGCAAACGCUUGCAUCAAGCUCUGGGACACCCGGUACAUCACGCCGCGCAACAAAGAGGCCUCGCCCCUCGCCGUGACGGCAGAACCGCCAACUCACCGCUGGCGUCCUUACGGUCUGACGUCUCUUGCCCUGAGCAGCGACGCAUCCCGUCUCUACGCCGUCUGCAAGGACAACACAGUGUAUGCAUACUCCACCUCCCAUCUGAUGCUCGGCAACGCGCCUGAGCUCUCCCUCCGCCCCCCUCGCCAGAAAGCCGGCUCAGCGGUUCGGGGUUUGGCGCCGAUGUACGGCUUCAAACAUGACAUGUUCCACGUCAAGUCAUUUUACGUCCGCUGUGCCCUCCGCCCUAUAUCUACCUCCGGCACCGAGCUCCUGGCCGUCGGCAGCACGGAUAAAUGCGCCAUUCUCUUCCCCACCGACGAGCGAGUUAUGCGCGAGCACUGGGACACUCAGAGCCACCUACCCGUUUCCGACACCAUCACCUCGGACGCCACGACAGUAUCUCACUCGAAGUCACUUGCGGGUGGCCAAGUCCCCAUCGUCCGCAACGGAACACCGCUCAUUCGCGGCCACCGCCGCGAGGUUACGGGACUGAGCUGGUCCAACGAGGGCAAGCUCGUCACCAUCUCGGAUGACUACAUGGUGCGUCACUGGCAAGAGGGCAAUGAUGACGGCUCCGGCGGUCGCGACGCGUGGGAUCUCCGGACCGGCGGAGAGUUUGGCGGCAACCGGCACAUGGCCGGGUGGGCCGACGUCGCGGACGACUGGGACGAGGACUGUGACUCGCAUUCUGAGUGCUAA